AUGAGCCUGGUGGACCACCCACUUGACUCAGUAAGAAAGAUGGUGUGUGAUCACAAGUGCCAUGUCCACCCGUGUACAUGGCAGCAGGCUGCAUGUUUGGAGAGAGUAAUUGUAGCUCCUGAUGCUGGAAAUGCUCUGUCCUCAUAUACUCUUAGGUUCCACCUAGAGGCACUUGCAGAUCUGAGAGCGAUAUUUAAUGGGGUUGGGGGUUAUGGUCAGUAUGGCAGCAUUCAGGCCGUUAUCGACAAGUCCGUCUUGAGAAAAAAGCCUUCUCCUAAAAACAAUGAGUCCUACUCCCUUCCAAGAGUCCUACGGGACAGCUGGAAGGAAGGGACCAGGGUAGGCAGCAAGCAAAUGCUUUUGCUUGCUGCAGAGAAAAGUACACAUAUUCAGCAGUUUGGAAACACUUUUGUCGCCACUAAUCCUUGCCCAGCAGCUUUCGUGUUGACCAGGGACCAGGAUGGCUCUGCUGAGGAAGCCAGUUCUCCUAACAUGAAAUGUGCAUGUGAACGAUUGUGCUGCUUUCUUGCUAGACAAAAAGUUAUUUUCAAAAGCAGAGAUUCCAACCUGCACAGAACUGAUAUGGAAGUUUGCUUAACUAGGACAAAGGUGAUUGCUUUAGUGAUGGAUAUAUUUACAGAUGUGGACAUUUUCAAAGAAAUCGUGGAGGCUUCAACUAGAGGGAUCUCUGUGUACAUUUUGCUUGACGAGUCAAAUUUCAACCAUUUUCUAAAUAUGACUGAGAAACAGGGUUGUCAAAUACAACGACUCAGGAAUAUCCGAGUGCGGACAGUGAAAGGACAAGGUUAUCUUUCAAAAACGGGGGCGAAGUUCCACGGAAAAAUGGAACAGAAAUUUUUGUUAGCUGACUGCCAGAAAGUAAUGUACGGUUCUUACAGCUACAUGUGGUCUUUUGAAAAAGCUCACCUCAGCAUGGUUCAGAUGAUCACAGGACAGCUUGUUGAGUCCUUUGAUGAAGAAUUCAGAACUCUCUAUGCCAGGUCCUGCAUCCCCAGUUCAUUUGCUCAGGAAGAAUCAGCCCGGGCGAAGCCUGGCAAAGCGCUCUGGGAGAAUGGCAUUUACCAGCGAUCGGUUUCUUCACUAGCUUCUGUUUCCAGCCAAAGAAACCUUUUCGGUAGACAAGACAAAAUUCAUAAACUAGAUUCUAGUUACUUCAAAAACAGAGGGAUAUAUGCCCUAAAUGAGCACGACAAAUAUGGCAUAAGGAAUCACGGGUACAAACCUCACUUUGUUCCGAAUUUUAACGGUCCAAGUACAAUCCGUCACUUUCAACCCAGUCAGGUGAAUGACAAUUGGAAAAGACAUAGUUACGCUGGGGAGCAGUCAGAAACAGCGCCAUACCUGCUUCUUAAUAGGGCUCUGAAUCGCCCCAGUAACCCACCUGCUAACUGGAAGAGGCCUUCAGAUAGUCUCAGUGUGGCGUCCUCGUCUCGGGGAGCCCAUCCCAGCCGACAAAACACACCUGCCCCAGGUUUCGCUGAUCGACUUGCCCAGAGAAAGCCGACAAAUCUUCCAGAAAGGAAUUCAAACGUGCGCAGGUCUUUUAACGGAACAGAUAACCACAUUCGCUUUUUACAACAGCGAAUGCCAACCCUUGAGCACACCACAAAGUCAUUCCUGCGUAACUGGAGAAUUGAAUCUUAUUUAAAUGAUAAUUCAGAAGCCACGCCAGAUUCAAAUGGCUCGGCGUUAGGUGACCGAUUUGAGGGCUACGAGAGUUCUGAGAAUCUGAAAGCCAACGCGCUUUGUACUCACUCUCGGCUUCGUUCCUCUUUUGUGUUCAAACCAACUUUACCCGAGCAACAAGAAGUUAGCAGUUGUACAACUGGCUCCUCAAAUUCAACUAUCAUUGGUUCCCAGGGAAGUGACACACCCAAAGAGGUCCCAGAUACUCCUACAAGUGUACAGAAUUUGACAGAAAAACCCUUGCCUGAAUCAAUGCCCAAGAUCCCAACACAGUCAGUGGUACCAAAAAUACACACCUUGCAGGUUCCUGAGAAACAACCAGCAGUCGUAAACCAAACUACGAAUGGCCAUACAGAAUCAAGCAGCUAUAUUUAUACAACCUUGUGUGUAAAUAAGCAGACAGAUAAUCUGAAGAAUCAGCAAAAUGAGAAUCUACUUAAAAGACGAAGUUUCCCAUUCUUUGACCACUCAAAAGUCAAUUUAGAUCAUGGAAAUAGUAAGAAUUAUGUAUAUAGCACACUCACCAGGAAUCGAAUUAGACAACCAGAAAAACCAAAGGAGGACAUGCUGAAAAGUUCUAAAAGUAUGCAUAACGUGACCCAAAACAUGGAGGAGGAGGAAGAGGACAUUAUUAAGAGAGAACCUCCAAGUAGCACUGCCACCAAAUCAAUUUCCAUUGCUGCUUUACUUGAUGUUAAUAAGGAGGAACCUAACAAAGAACUCACUCCCAAAAAGGAAGUGAAGGGUUCCCCAAGUUUUUUGAAAAAGGGAUCCCAGAAGUUAAGGUCGUUACUUAGCCUGACCCCAGAAAAGAAAGAAAACCUAUCUAAGAAUAAAGCACCUGCAUUUUAUAGAAUGUGUAGUAGCUCUGACACAUUAGUUUCUGAGGGUGAAGAGAAUCAAAAACCAAAGAAAUCAGAGCCAAAAGUUGAUUCAUCUCCUAGAAGAAAGCGUUCUUCCUCAUCAAACUCUCCAGGCAGCAUCCAUAAGAGUAAGGAAGAUGUAGCAGUUAGCUCAUCUCCUGGGAUAAAUUCUCCAUCCGAUGAAAGCAAUAAAAUAAUACCUUCUUCAAGUCCAGUUGAAAGAAAGUUCUCAGAGGGAGCAGGAGAUGCCUCUGCACCAAGAUUUAACACCGAACAGAUCCAAUACCGAGAUUCCAAGGAGAUUAAUACAGUUUGUGCGUCUGAAAGAAGACCUACCUCCUCUCCAAGGCCAAAGCCCAGUGAGCUUCUAAGGUCUCAUUCAACCAACCAACGUGUUUAUAGUCGUUUUGAGCCAUUUUGCAAGAUUGAGAGUUCUAUUCAGCCACCAGGCAACAUCCCACAUACCACUGUAAACCGCCCAGAAGUAAAAUCCACAACUGUGGGCAACAGUUACGGCAGGUCAAGCCCAGUACUUAACUACAACACAGGUGCCUAUCACACAUAUCAACCAAACGAGAACAAAUUUCGAGGAAUAAUGCAAAAGUUUGGAAACUUCAUAAACAAAAACAAAUGA